CGGUGAUAUACAGCCCAUUGCUUGUACAACAUUGUAUUUUCUCCUCGACUCUUCAUCACCUUGUUCUCGCACUAAUGGACUCAAUGCUCGCCAAAUCGAUCGCGAUAUUGCUCGAGCCGUUGCGCCAUGGCCAUUUAGUUAUUACCUGGCGUCAAAGCCUUGUCGUUCGUCAAGUUCGUUAGCAUGCAUCGAGAGCGAGGGGAGGUCCAUCGGCGCCCGUUUCUAAUCAGACCGCUCAUCAAGCAUACAGCACUAGAGCAGAUGCUUAAGGCUUUGUAUGCCUCGCCGGAGCUCGCAGCCCUUUUCAGAAGAGUUGUAUUAUCAAUUCUUGCUCAGGCAGUGUUGGCUGUGGCUGGGCUGUGUCGAGGCUGCCUCAACGUCGUGCAUGGUACUGGAGUCGACGCCUUACUUUCGCUUCUCGGUGUGCCAGUGCAGCUAGAAUUUGAUCUCCGGCUUGGAAGGACCAUUGCAAUGCUUUCGACAAUCGGUAAGUACAGCGCUUGAAGUUGAUGGAACUGCCACUGCAGGCAGAAGCAGGUGUGACAACAACAGUCUGCGGUAAGGAAAAAAACUGGAUUUUGCUCAUCUACUAGAAUACUAUCAAAAUCAGCACUUCGGGGCAUCAGAAGUAUCAUCGAACCACUAGCAGGAGCUCCAAGAUUCUCACUGCGUCUCCCCAGGCCUGAAAACCUGACACCCAGGUAUGACCAAUACUAUGGGUGCAUGGGAUGGCAAAAGCUUCACUGAGAGACCACAUCCCGGACUCUACGAUACAUUACUGACUUUCUUUCACUCACGUUCCCAAAUAUUUGUUGCCCCAGCUACGUUGGGAAUGACGAACAACACCAGAUAGGCUCGGACAUCCAGACCUCAAUGUACAAAUACGUUGAGCCUUCUUUGAGUGCGAUUUUAUUCAUAUUUUGCAUCCGCAGAAUCAUUAGUUUCGAGGCCAAACAGCACUAAUAUCACACAACAACAUUCGACUCCUGCCGAACAAGGUCUCCCCCAACACACAAUGCAUUGGAAUGCAGACAACCUUUCUUUCUCCCACGCCCGUUAUUGACCUCAGUCAAUCAUAUAUAGUGGAGAGUCCGUAUUUUCUGUUUAAGAUGGAGCAGUGCAGAUGAGGCCUUGCUCGAGCUGUAAUGAGAAAAUUCAAAUCAGUCAACAGCACCAAACCCAAGGUUUGAGACCUCUGGCCACGUCGUGUCCUGCCCACCCGAAAGCAAAGAUAACGGAGUAACGAUGUUUGACUUACAAUAGGCAGCAAGCAGCAUCGAGCCCUUUGCCCGAUGGCGGCACAGAUCUCAGUGAAGUUGGCGAUGCUUGUUGGCUCAGUUGGAGCUGUGAAGCACGAAGAAGUUAGCACAACAUGUUACCUCAUUUCUCCCAUGCCACAGCAAGAAAGGCCGGACUUCGCAUCCAGAAGAGCCAAGAACUUACGAGGUGCGCAAUCAAGGUCAGCAAGGCCGAGCACAUCAGUCGCACAGCAGACUGGACUGUUGCUUCCGCUGCAGACCAGAGCGGCCUGUCUGUCCACGAGCAUACUCUUGCCUGGAAUGGCAGAUGCCACGAUCGUACUGGCGCCAGCAGCGAGGGCGACGACGACGGUUGAGAAACGCAUGACCGAGACUGUUCACAAGAAGGUGGUCUGGACUGGAGGGGGUUUAUUGAGGGAGGCUCUGAUAUUGACUUGACUUGGUGCUUUACUGUCUGGCGAGGGUAUGGACAGUCAAAGAGCAUUGUCCGUCAGGUCGCGGACCAUCGACAGCUUUAUACCUCUUUUCCAUUCUCCUAUCUGCGACCACCAAGGUAAGGUACCGAAGCAACCCUUGGAAAACAGAAUUCUGAGCUUUGAGACAUUCGAUGACGGAUCUACAGCCUCUUCGGGGCAUUGCAGCACUUGCUCUGGGGUAUCCGCCGAAAACGAUCGUCAUAGCAAUGCCCAUGUCGAGUCCGUCGGUGUUGUUAAAUCAAGGUCGAGUCAAAGUCAGGUUCACGCCGGCGGCCGAUUUGCGCAACAUCAUCAAAUCAAAAACCCCAUGACGGAAAGUGCCUGCAAGGCUCUACUUACUGUACCACGCCGACGACGAGGCAAGACGAGACGAUUGUUGCCCCUGGAUAAUCUCGGCGGUGAUGGACGUCAUGUCUCUCAACUACAUUGUACCUUGGCUCGGGUCUGCAGAUCACUGUACUCAGUGGCAGUGCCAUGCCAUAUCAUACCUGCUCUGGAAGGACUGAACCCCAAGUAAGCGUCAUGUCGAUCAGGGCCGGCUUGUGUUAGUGUACCGUUUGGCCAGUGUGCUGCAGGGCAGUGAAUGGUGAUGGUGGAGCCGCAGCCGCCGAGGAGUAAACACCGGCAUUGAGAAGAUACAAUGCUGUAUGCCCUUCGCCCUGAAAUGAAAUGGAAUGGGGUCCCUGUUCGGUUUCAAGACCUUGCGCCCCGGCCCCCGACUACCGAGUUUGCAGGGACCAGGAACACCUCAAUCAUAUCAGCACAGCAGUACUGGUACUUCUAUAUGCGAGACGCAAUUGCUGCAAGCUCAGACUGAUACCGGUACUGGCACCCUAUGAUUUCUGGGCACUGCAGUACCUACCUGCAGGUAUACAUCAAGUACCAGGGCGACUUGAAUGUGUUUUCCUUUGCUGGACGAAUCGAACCAAAAAUCUCUGAAAUCAUUGCAGGUAUUCGAUGGUCUCUGCCUUCGUCUCCGUUUCCCAGUUUUUUUUGGAAACUUGAAACGAACACUGGCCGGGGUCCAUUCUAACCGUCAAAUAAGGUUCUGGUCAAGUAUUUCCCGUCCCAGUUCCUGGUUCCAGAGCCGACGGGACCAUUCGUUCACUGGCUUUACUAGUCCCAGUACUAUCUAUCCUAACGCUCGAGCUGUACGUAGUGCUGAGCAACUCGAAACCCAACUUGAAGCCGAUCAUCCGUCAUCGGCCGCGGCGGAACUUCCCUUUUCUCUCCUCUCUCCCCACAAAGAUCGACGUCAACGGUUGUCGGUGUCAGCCACAGCCCCUUUCCGAUCAUCAACAUCAUCGUCUUAAAUAAAUACUAGUAUAGGGUAGGUAUGGACGUACCUGAGUGCAAAUAGAGGAAAAAAAAGGUAAAACAAAUCCAAGUUGUCGUUCGAUAAGGUAUGCGACCAGGGAACAACCCCUGUGCGUGGAUUGGCACCUCCUAGUAUGGGGCCCCUCGGGCUACUAGCCUACCCCUAUUAUUGCAAGGCACUGGCACCAGAAUUGCAUAGGUACCUACAAUUAUUAUUGCACUUCCCAG